UACUGAGCUUAUAAUCUCGCUUGCUCUCUCUCCUUCCGGGAUUUGAUUUUCUGGGAACCGUAUCUCAGGUAGUUGGUUGCUUUACGUCGGAGUCUUAUAUUUGCUAUUAAUGCUUUACUUGUUCAGCUAUUUGUUCCGCAACAAAGGGCUAAAUGGCUUCUUCACCUUCUAAAGAAACCGAUGAUGCGCCCGAUACUCCAUCCUCGCCAAAGAGCAUAUACAAGGAUCCAGAUGAUGGGCGACAACGGUUUUUGCUUGAGUUGGAAUUUGUUCAGUGUCUAGCCAAUCCUACUUAUAUCCAUUAUUUGGCUCAGAAUCGCUAUUUUGAAGAUGAAGCAUUUAUUGCAUACUUGAAAUAUCUUCAGUACUGGCAACGACCUGAAUACAUGAAAUUUAUAAUGUAUCCUCAUUGCCUAUUUUUUCUUGAACUGCUCCAAAAUGCAAACUUCCGCAAUGCGAUGGCACAUCCUGGCAACAAGGAGUUGGCACAUAGGCAGCAAUUCUUUUUCUGGAAGAACUAUAGGAACAACCGAUUGAAGCACAUUUUACCAAGACCACUACCUGAACCCGCUCCCACACCCCCUGCUUCUGCUCCACCUGCACCUCCCUUGCAGCCAAUGCCACCUGUGCUUCAAACAACAAUUGCUAUGCCAACUGCUUCUGCCUCAGCACUUUCUCCCAUGCCAUAUGGCAUACCUCCUGGAUCUGCUCUUGCAAAAAAUGACAUGAGGAACAGUGGAGUUGAUCGAAGGAAAAGAAAGAAAGAAGUUUAACAGCGGCAGAGCAAAUAUAUCUGCUGAGGUGGCUAUAUUUAUUUGUUUGCUUUCGAGAAUGAGUGAAGAUCCUAAAUCAUAGACUAUUCAUAUCUUACUUGAAUGAUUUGGCUGAUACAAAAUAAUCAGUUCUGAAGUUUGAGAUGGGGUCAGGAUCAAUCUACAAUCUGCUACCUUAAUUUAUUGCUGGUUUCUCAAGGCAAUGGAUGUAACUAUUGCAACUUUGUCUUUUCAAAUUGUCUACAGUGAGCCUAUUUUUGUUGGUAGAAUUUAUAGAUAACUUGCUAGAAAAGUCUUGAAUUUAUAUUCUAACAAGUAGACUUUGCUGGCAAGGAUGAUGACUUUAUUAAAGAUUUUGCUGGGUGGAAAAUCUGUAGGUAUGUUCUUGGCAUGAUCUUUAUGGUGUAAACCCAACUCCGUUUUUUUUAAUCAUUUUGUUUCAAGUCU